AUGUCAUACGACGAUAUUGAAAAUGCUGUUCCAGAUAUUGUUAUCGGAGGUAAUACCGAAGAGACGGAAUAUGGACAUGACAUUGAGAGUGAUAAUGAACAAUUAGAAGAACAACAAGAGGAGAACAGCAAAGAGAAGAAAAGCGUUGCUUUUGCAGGCUUGGAAGAUGAAUAUGAUGAGGAAGAAGCAAAAAGGGAAUUCGAAGAGGGUGGCGGAUUACCAGAGCAGCCUGAUAACCCCGAUUUUUCAAAAUUGACACCCUUAUCUGAAGAGAUCAUCAACAGACAGGCAACAAUUAAUAUUGGUACAAUCGGUCACGUUGCUCAUGGUAAAUCAACUGUCGUUAGAGCAAUAUCAGGGGUUCAAACUGUUCGUUUCAAGGAUGAAUUAGAAAGAAAUAUUACGAUAAAACUUGGUUAUGCAAAUGCAAAGAUUUAUAAGUGUGAUAAUGAGGAUUGUCCUGAACCUGAUUGUUACAAAUCUUUUAAGUCUGAUAAGGAGAUUAGACCAAAAUGUCAAAGAGAAGGAUGUACCGGACGUUACAGAUUAGUGAGGCAUGUCUCCUUUGUUGACUGUCCUGGUCACGAUAUUUUAAUGAGUACAAUGUUGUCAGGAGCAGCUGUAAUGGAUGCUGCUUUGUUGCUUAUAGCAGGUAACGAAAGUUGCCCACAACCUCAAACUUCUGAGCAUUUGGCUGCCAUUGAAAUCAUGAAAUUGAAGCAUGUUAUAAUUUUGCAAAACAAAGUCGAUUUAAUGAGAGAAGAGUCUGCUUUAGAACACGAAAAAUCAAUCUUAAACUUCAUAAGAGGAACAAUUGCUGAUGGCGCACCUAUUGUCCCUAUUUCUGCCCAGUUAAAGUAUAAUAUAGAUGCAGUCAACCAAUUCAUUGUUAAUACCAUCCCAGUUCCAAUAAGAGACUUUUCUGCAUCCCCUAGACUUAUUGUCAUCAGAUCUUUUGAUGUUAAUAAACCAGGUGCUGAGAUUGAUGAUUUGAAGGGAGGUGUUGCUGGUGGUUCCAUAUUGACAGGUGUCUUUAAAAUCGGUGAUGAGAUUGAAAUUAGACCAGGUAUUGUCACCAAAGACGACAACGGUAAAAUUCAAUGUAAGCCCAUAUAUUCCAAUAUAGUUUCAUUAUUUGCUGAACAUAAUGAUUUGAAAUUUGCUGUCCCUGGUGGUUUAAUAGGUGUUGGUACAAAGGUGGAUCCUACUUUAUGUAGAGCCGAUAGAUUAGUUGGUCAAGUCGUAGGAGCAAAAGGUAAUUUGCCCUCCAUUUACACCGAUAUUGAAAUUAACUAUUUCCUUUUGAGAAGAUUAUUAGGAGUGAAGACUGAUGGUCAAAAACAGGGUGCUAAGGUCCGUAAGUUAGAGGUUGGUGAAGUUUUAAUGGUCAAUAUUGGUUCAACGGCUACAGGUGCAAGAGUCGUCGCAAUGAAAGCUGAUAUGGCUCGUUUACAAUUAACUUCUCCAGCUUGUACAGAAAUCAAUGAAAAGAUUGCUUUAUCUAGACGUAUCGAAAAGCAUUGGCGUUUGAUCGGUUGGGCGACAAUUAAGAAAGGUACAACAUUAGAACCAACUGCAUAA